AUGCCGAUAACUAGGAGAACAAACACGCUAGAUCGUCCCAUUGAGGAGCAUGUGGAAGUGGUGGAUGAAACUGAUCUUUCUGAAACAGUGCGUUUGCUGAAACAAGAAAUGGAACUAAUGAAACAACAAAGAGAGAAGGAUGCAAGAGAGCUUUCGGCCUUGAGGGCUGAGAAUGAAGCGUUGAAAAGUCAGGAUACAACAUGGAAACCUACUCAUGUUACUAACACACAAACUCAACAUGCUUCGGCAGUAGCCCCUGAAAAGUUUCCUUCAGCUUUACCCACUGUGGGUCGUCCUGCAGAUAUGACCACUGUCGGAUCACACCGGCACCCUUUUACCCCUUCCAUUAUGCAACUCCCUUUAAUGGAUAAUUGGAAGGCUUUGCCCAUUGACAAAUAUGAUGGUACUACUGAUCCUGAUGAGCAUUUAGAUGUUUUUCUGACACAGGUAACCUUGAGUACAACAGAUGAUGCUGCGUUGUGUAGGAUUUUUCCCACGUCUCUUAAGGGCAGAGCUCUCAGUUGGUUCACUCGUCUCCCACCCAAUUCCAUUGACUCGUUCAACACAUUGUCUUCACAAUUUACUAUUCAAUUUGCGACAAGUCGCCCUCAUAGUCUAACAUCUUUGUCUCUGGUUGGUAUCAGGCAGGAUAAGAAGGAGUCUCUUCGGACAUUUAUGGAUCGGUUUAAUAAGGCUGCGUUGGAAAUUCGAGAUCUUAAUCCUGCUGUUGCAUUGCAUCAUCUCACAACCGCAUUAAAACCAGGACCGUUCGUUAAUAGUAUCUGUAAAAAACCUCCUUUGGACAUGAAUGAUUUAAGAAGAAGGGCUGAUAAAUACAUGCAGAUGGAGGAAUUGGCAGAAUAUCGUAGUCAGGCCCGAGCUGAAUCUUCUGGCAAGGUAGACAAGCAGAUAAAACAACCAUACAGGGGACGAGGGAAGGAGAUAUCUCUUCGGGAUCGCCCUAGUCGAGGUCCAAAAUACACUCAAUACACUCCACUCAACACUAGUCGUUCGGUAGUACUUGAACAAGCUUUGGCUUCCGAGGUGUUAACAAUUCCGAAGGGAGCAUCCACUCCACCACGGGCCGAUACUAGUAAAUCUUGCCGAUAUCAUCGUAAUCGCGGACACUCAACUGAUGAAUGUGCGGCCCUUAAAGACAAAAUUGAAGAUUUGAUUAAGCAGGGUAAGUUGCAUAACUUUGUGGACAGGUCAGGUUCGUCCCAAACUCGCAGAUAUCAACCCAAAUAUCAAGAUCGGUAUAGGCAAGACCGUUCCGAUAAAACCUCUGAUAGAGCUCGGCGUGAAAGAAGUAGAUCGCGCGAACGAAAAGAUGACUCGAUACCUUCGCAUAGGAGAGUCAUUAAUACUAUUACAGGGGGAUUUGCGGGUGGAGGCACAACUUCUUCGGCUCAGAAGAGGCAUCUUCGAGCCAUCCGAUCGGUAAACUCCAUUCAUGGACAGCCUUCUCGGCGGUUACCAACAAUAACAUUCACCGAUGCUGACUUCAAAGGCAUUGAUCCAAAGUAG